AUGUCUGAGGCCAAGGAAUUCACUCUCAAGGAGAUCGAAACUCACAACACCAAGAAGGACCUGUUCAUGAUCGUCCAUGACAAGGUCUACGACUGUGGUUCUUUCGUCGAUGAGCACCCUGGUGGUGAGGAAGUCCUUCUCGAUGUUGGCGGCCAGGACGCCACAGAGGCCUUCGAGGAUGUCGGUCACAGUGAUGAGGCGCGCGAGAUCCUCGACGGUUUGUUCGUCGGCAACGUGAAGCGCAUGCCCGGUGACCCAGAACCCAAAGCCCACGCCCAGCCUGCCGCCGGUUCCUCCUCUUCCUCCUCCGACUCGGGCUUCAGCAGCGUCGCUCUCUACGCCAUCCUCCUCAUCGGUGGUGCUGCCGCCUACGGUGCCUACCAGUACCUCCAGGCCGCCAACGCUGCGGAGAACACGCAGUAG